AUGGAAAAAAAUCUGGUUAUUCGGGCUUUAAAGGCGAAUGCAAAGUCAUUCAGUUUGAGUUGUAAGAAGAUUAGCUACGUUCCUAAGUCGAUUGCGAGACUAACCUGCAUUUUGACUCUUCAACUGAACAAUAAUUGUCUUUCAAGUUUGCCUCUCGAGCUGAAGUCAUUACACCAGCUGACUGAACUCCACCUGGGAAACAAUGCCUUUGAGGAGCUUCCAGUCGUUCUGAAGCAUCUGAACAGUCUGAGAAAACUUUAUUUGUUUAGAAACAAAAUUACGACUUUGCCCUCCGAGGUGCUCGAUGGACUUCCAAAUCUUGUGCUUCUUAAUCUAAACCAUAAUAAAAUCAGAGUCAUUCCACCAGCUAUAAAAAGUCUUGUUUGUCUGGAAACUAUUAGUGUUACAGACAAUCAGUUACAGGAGCUUCCAGCUGAACUGGGCUCACUGAGGAAACUCACUGAGAUUAAUUUCACUAAUAACAAACUGACUCGAGUUCCACAACAACUCUGCAACUUAUCAAAACUAACUGAGCUAUAUUUGGCAAGAAACAAUUUGACAGAACUACCAGAGGGGGUCCUUGGAUGGACAAGUCUGAGGGUUUUAGACAUUGCUGGCAACAAUCUCUCUAUGUUUCCUGUUGAUUUCCAGCAGCUUCCUUUGGAAGAGCUGCUAUGUGAGGGAAACGAAUUUGUCCAGUGCGAGUUACUGGAAUCCAAGCAGGAGAGGGAAGUACUCUCAUUAAAGGAGCAUGCAGCCAGGAUUGUUCUGAAAGAAGACAUGAAUAAGUUCUCAGUGGUUGCCAGAUCUCUGCCACUUUAUCCAGAACUGGCCCACAUGCUGUCUCACAGGGGCAAGUGUGCACUCUGUUUCCAGCCUUUUCUCACCACUUGGCUGGAGUGUGUGCAGUUCAUCAACCUGAAGAAAGACAUGGGAAUGAAAAAGAACCUGACUGUACCUGUCCGAGCCCUGCUGUGUUCCUACUCGUGCUUCAACAAGCGUGGCCAUUCUUUCUAUGGAUUGGUGAAAUUGCAUACGGAAUGA